GUUAAAGCAAUUAGCUUGGAGAUCUAUAGCAAAAUGAAACUUUUCUUAGCGUGCAUCUUUAUUGCCGCCGCGACGGCUGCAGUGAUUCCUGUCGAACAAGCCAGGCACCGUCGAGACGUCUCCGAGAUCGUGAACGAGUACAUCCCGCCGGCGGAGGAAGUUGGCGCCGAGCUGGCCCAAGACCCCGCCGCCCUGGGAGAAGAUGGAUACCGCUACAAGACCGUGCGCCGCCUGAAGCUCCGUCAUCGUCGUGAUGUUUCCGAGAUCGCCAACGAGUACCUGCCCCCCACUGAGGAUGCUGCCACUGAAGCCCCCAUUGAGGAAGCCCCAGUUGAGGAAGCUUCUCAGGAUUCCGCUGUUCUUGCUGCCGAUGGAUACCAGUACAAGACCGUGCGUCGCCUGAAGUACCGUCAACGCCGUGACGUUUCCGAAGUCGCAAACGAAUACCUUCCCCCUACCGAAGAGGUGGUUGCUGAUGCCCCAGUCGAAGAGGUUCCCAUUGAGGAAGCUAGCCAGGAUUCCGCUGUUCUUUCUGCCGAUGGAUACAAGUACAAGACCGUCCGCCGCCUGAAGUACCGCCAACGUCGUGAUGUUUCCGAGAUCGCCGACGAGUACCUGCCCCCCACUGAGGAGGUUGUUGCCGAUGCCCCAAUUGAGGAAGCCCCAGUCGAGGCCGCUUCUCAGGAUUCCGCUGUUCUUUCUGCCGAUGGAUACAAGUACAAGACCGUGCGCCGCCUGAAGCUCCGUCAUCGUCGUGAUGUUUCCGAGAUCGCCAACGAGUACCUGCCCCCCACUGAGGAUGUUGCCACUGAAGCCCCCAUUGAGGAAGCCCCAGUUGAGGAAGCUUCUCAGGAUUCCGCUGUUCUUGCUGCCGAUGGAUACCAGUACAAAACCGUGCGUCGUCUUAAGUACCGCCAACGUCGUGACGUUUCUGAGGUUGCCAACGAAUAUCUGCCUCCUACCGAAGAGGUUGUUGCUGAUGCCCCAGUUGAAGAGGUUCCCAUUGAGGAAGCUAGCCAGGAUUCCGCUGUUCUAUCCGCUGAUGGAUACAAGUACAAGACUGUCCGCCGCUUAAAGUACCGCCAGCGUCGCGAUGUUUCCGAGAUCGCCAACGAGUACCUGCCCCCCACUGAAGAUGUUGCUACCGAAGCCCCCAUUGAGGAAGCCAAAGUCGAGGCCGCUUCUCAGGAUUCCGCUGUUCUUGCUGCCGAUGGAUACCAGUACAAGACCGUGCGUCGUCUUAAGUACCGCCAGCGCCGGGAUGUUUCCGAGAUUGCCAACGAAUACCUGCCCCCUUCCGAGGAGGUCGUCACCGAGGCUCCUCUGGAGGAGGCUCCUGUUGAGGAAGCUUCUCAGGAUUCCGCUGUCCUUGCUGCCGAUGGAUACCAGUACAAAACCGUGCGUCGCCUGAAGUAUCGUCAACGUCGUGACGUUUCCGAGAUUGCCAAUGAAUACCUGCCCCCUUCCGAGGAGGUCGUCACCGAGGCUCCUCUGGAGGAGGCUCCUGUUGAGGAAGCUUCUCAGGAUUCCGCUGUCCUUGCUGCCGAUGGAUACCAGUACAAAACCGUGCGUCGCCUGAAGUAUCGUCAACGUCGUGAUGUUUCCGAAAUCGCCAACGAAUACCUGCCCCCUACUGAGGAUGUUGCUACCGAAGCCCCCAUUGAGGAAGCUCCAGUCGAGGCUGCUUCUCAGGACUCCGCUGUCCUGGCCGCUGAUGGAUACCAGUACAAGACCGUCCGUCGUCUUAAGUACCGCCAACGUCGCGAUGUCUCCGAGAUUGCCAACGAAUACCUGCCCCCCACUGAGGAGGUUGUUGCCGAUGCCCCAGUUGAGGAGGUUCCCAUUGAGGAAGCUAGCCAGGACUCUGCUGUCCUUUCCGCUGAUGGAUACAAGUACAAGACCGUUCGUCGCCUGAAAUACCGUCAACGUCGUGAUGUUUCCGAGAUCGCCAACGAAUAUCUGCCUCCUACUGAGGAUGUGGCUACCGAAGCCCCCAUUGAGGAAGCUCCAGUCGAGGCUGCUUCUCAGGACUCCGCUGUCCUGGCCGCCGAUGGUUACCAGUACAAGACCGUGCGUCGUCUUAAGUACCGCCAGCGCCGGGAUGUUUCCGAGAUUGCCAACGAAUACCUGCCUCCUUCCGAGGAGGUCGUCACCGAGGCUCCUCUGGAGGAGGCUCCUGUUGAGGAAGCUUCUCAGGACUCCGCCGUCCUGGCUGCCGAUGGCUACCAGUACAAGACCGUGCGACGCCUGAAGUACCGCCAGCGCCGCGACGUCUCCGAGAUUGCCGGCGACUACCUGCCCCCCGCCGAGGAGGAGGUGGUGGCUGAUGCGCCCGUCGAGGAAGUGUCCCAGGACUCGGCUGUCCUCGGGGACGAGGGCUACCGCUACAAGACCGUGCGCCGCCUGAAGCUGCGUCAUCGCCGUGCCCUGUAA